UCAUCAGAAGCCAAGCCCUAAACAGUUGUUUUCUCUUUUCUUUCCAACUAACAAUCUCUGAAAAUGAAGGACUUGACCCUUAAGCCUUGAUGAGGGAGAGUAGAGAUAGCAGUGUGUGCUUCCCCCGUUUUGGGAAAAACCCAUUGGAUUUUCACAUAUUUUUAGAAACUAAACCCUCUUUUACCCCCCCCCACCCCAACCCACCCACCCCACCCCCCACCUAGCUAGCUUUCCCAACAUUAUUUCCUGCCAUUGCUUAAACCAAGAAUUCAAUGUAUCACUAAUAAGUAAUAACAGAUCCAUCCCCACUCCACUCUCCCAUCAAUCUCAUCAUCAUCUAUCAAACCCAAUAUAUAUAUGUGCUGCAUACCCAACACUCAUAUUUCUCUCUCUCUGUCUCUGUAACAAAUAUGGAAAUCUUCUGAUAUAUCAAUCACCAACAACAAUUUGCUCCCUUUCCCUUUUGAUCUCUUGUUUUUCUGGUCAAAACCUCUCCUCCCUUCUCUCUCUUCUUCUUCUGUUCUUUUCUUUUUUCCCUUUUUUUCUUUUUUUGGGUUGAUAUGAAACCCUAAAGAAAGCUUCAUAGAUUUUCUUGAUCUUUAAUCAGGUUUUCACAGCUUCCAGAAUAUAUAUAUAUUAUGGAUUCGUUUCCGGAAGUUGAGAGUUCGAAUUCUGAAGCUAAUAACAGUCACGGCUUCGCCGGAGCUGUUGCUGUCGGAGGGAGCGCGGCGGCGGCGGCGACGUCGUCGUCGUCGAGUAGGUACGAGAAUCAGAAGCGGCGUGACUGGAACACGUUCGGGCAGUACCUGAAGAACCACCGGCCGCCGCUGGCGCUUUCCCGGUGCAGCGGGGCCCACGUGCUGGAGUUCCUGCGAUACCUCGACCAGUUCGGGAAGACUAAGGUGCACACCCCAAUCUGCCCCUUCUACGGCCACCCCAACCCGCCGGCGCCCUGCCCCUGCCCGCUCCGGCAAGCCUGGGGCAGCCUCGACGCCCUCAUCGGCCGGCUACGUGCCGCCUACGAGGAAAACGGCGGCACGCCGGAGACGAACCCGUUCGGAGCUCGCGCCGUGCGGCUUUAUCUCCGGGAGGUUCGUGAUCUGCAGUCCAAAGCCAGAGGAAUCAGCUACGAGAAGAAGAAGCGGAAACGCCCUCCGCAGCUGCCGGCGCCGCCGCCAGGUGAAGCACCGCGUGUCUGAUGUGUACUACGUAGUAUUAAUGUUAAAUUAUCAUGUCCGAUCAAGCUUGCUUUUCUUGCUUUAAACUUCUUUCUAGAAUCCCCCAUGAACAACCAAAAAAAAAAAAAAAAACUAUUAGAUCUUCCCAGACAUUAUCUCUAUUUAUUAAUCAUGUAAGGGUAUAGUAUUAUUCAUUAUAAUUUUCUCAAUACUAUCAUGUUUUA